UAAAACCUCUACCAACGUAACGCCUUCCUUGCCCGCGGAAGCAGAUAAGCUUCCCGCCACUUCUGCGCUUCACUCUCCCCUCAUCCAUGGCCGAAGCUUCUGUAACCUUCUUCUCGUCCUCGUUCUCCAUCCCUAACCCUAACCCCAAGAAAACCCUAAAUUUCCCUUCAAUUCUCCCAGUUCUUUCGAUCUCUACAUCUUUGAAGCAUCCACAAGCUUCUAGAAGCUUUUUCACGCCCUCCCUCCCCUCCUUCCCGGCUUCAAACCCUAAUACUAGAAGAAGCAGAGAAAAUCAAUGCAAAUUUAGGGUCGUUUCGGUCUCUUCUCCUUCGAGGAGCGGCAGCUGUGGAAUUGAGAGAGAAGAAGUCGGGGCAGUUCGUUGGGGCUGUGACAUCGAUUCCUCGGAGAAUGCUUCGUAUUUGAAGAGAUGGCUUUCGGAGAAUGGGCUUCCUCCUCAGAAGAUGGCGAUUGAGAGGGUUGAGGUUGGGGAGAGAGGGCUGGUAGCCUUGAAGAAUAUAAGAAAGGGAGAGAAGCUCCUUUUUGUUCCUCCCUCUCUUGUUAUCGAUGCCAAUUCGGAAUGGAGCUGCCCGGAAGUAGGAAAUGUAUUAAAGAGAAACUCGGUUCCAGACUGGCCACUUCUUGCUACUUACCUGAUCAGUGAAGCUAGUCUCAUGGAAUCUUCAAGAUGGAAUGAAUAUAUUUCAGCAUUGCCUCGACAACCAUACUCACUUUUGCACUGGACAAGAUCUGAAUUAGACAUGUACUUGGUAGCUUCAGAGAUUCGGGAGCGGGCCAUUGAGCGAAUCACAGAUGUCACUGGAACAUAUAAUGAUCUAAACCUCAGGAUAUUCUCCAAGCAACGUGAUUUAUUUCCUGAGGAGGUAUAUAACAUGGACACAUUUAGAUGGUCGUUUGGCAUUCUUUUUUCACGUUUGGUGAAGUUACCAUCAAUGGAUGGAAGGGUUACUUUAGUUCCUUGGGCAGACAUGCUUAAUCAUAGCUCUGAGGUGGAGACUUUUUUGGACUAUGAUAAAUCAUCACAAGGCAUUGUAUUUACUACUGAUCGUUCCUACCAGCCAGGAGAGCAGGUCUUCAUCUCCUAUGGCAAGAAAUCAAAUGGAGAGCUUCUCCUUUCAUAUGGGUUUGUUUCCAGAGAAGGCACCAACCCAAAUGAUUCAGUGGAUGUAGCCAUGUCAAUUAACAAAUCUGACCCCUGUUACGUGGAGAAGGUUGAAGCUUUGAUGAAGCAUGGCUUAUCAACGCCUCAACGAUUUCCUUUGCAGAUCACCGGUUGGCCUUUGGAGCUUAUGGCAUAUGCUUACCUUGUUGUGAGCCCUCCAAAUAUGAGCCAGCAAUAUGAGGAGAUGGCUGCUGUGGCUUCAAGUAAAGGAACGUCAAAGAAGAACCUCAAGUACCCGGAACUUGAGGAGCAAGCCCUCCAGUUCAUCUUGGAUUGUUGUGAAUCCAGCAUAUCAAAGUACACCAAAUUCUUGGAUGGUAUUGGGAGCAACAUUGACAAUUCAAUUGAGAUUUCUCGAAAGCAAGCCAACCGAAAAUUGCUUCUCCAACAACUAGCAGUUGACCUUUGCAGCCGUGAGCGGAGGAUCUUGUUUCGUGCCCAAUAUAUAUUGCGGAGGAGAUUGAGAGACAUGAGGACUGGAGAGUUGAGAGCUCUUACCAUACUGAAUGGUUUUCGGAAACUCUUCAAGUAAACAAUGCUCUUCUAAUUUGUUUGAGUUUGAGUUACAUUCACAAGUGUGUAUACUGGUCAUCAUUGGAUAUAUGGUGAUAAAGAGAGAAGGACCAAGCACCUUGGUUGUCAUAUUCUGGUAGGUCCUGGUCUCUCUCCUUCAUUGUCUAUCCACUGAUUGGAUGGUGAUGACACUCUCGGAACCAAAAUUUUGUAUAUUCAUACGGAUCAUAGUAUGCUUUCCUAUAAUGAUGCGCUGGUUUUAAACAUUCAUAUAAAACUAUUUAUAAGAUGUAGAAUCUAUGGCUUCUCUUGAUCCCAAAAAAAGUUUUAGAAUUACUAGUUCUAAGAGCUGAUUUCCAAGUAACCAGAAUAGAGAGAGAGAGAUGUGAUGU